GCGUUGCCGGCACAGUGCACUGUCAUCGUGAUUCGUGUUUUGAGAUAAGAAAUCCUUUCCUUUACGUACUAUUUUAUAUCAUUCACUUAUCUGACGUUGGUCAUUUACUCUUCGUCAGUUAAGAGGCAGCACAGCAAUUGGCCGACGAUGAGUGAAACCUCAGCACUUACAGUCAUUCGUUCCAUGAAGGAUAUCGACAAGGCUUGGCUUGAGGAACUACUGAAACAAAGGCUGAAAUCCAACAUCAAAGUCCUAUCAUGGACGUCGAGUACUCCACCCACAAAGAGUGGAUUCUUGAGUGAAAUGUGCUUCGUCCGUGUGUGUUUCAAAGACCCAGAUCACCGAAUGGAAGAGAGGUCCUUGGCUGUGAAAUUUGCUCCGAAUGACAAGAACAUAUUGGAGUUCAUGAAGAAUGGGAACCUCGCGAGGAAGGAGGUCGAGUUUUACAAGUUUGUCUUAACGGAUGACUUUCAACUUUUCUGCGAGAAGAGCGGCCUGAAGAAUCCAGUCCCAGAUGUGUACUGGGCGGACAUGGAGGAAGACCUCGUCACCCUUGUCAUGCACGACCUGAGGAUAGAUGGCUUCAGAGUGGACACCCCGCCAGAGGGGAACUCGCUAGAACAGAUUAAAGUGACAUUGAAUUCUAUUGCAGUUAUUCAUGCCUGUGGAGUUGCUACCAUAAAGAAGCAUGGAAGGGAGUACCUGGAUGUUCCCUCUGGAGACUUUCUCGACGACUACAUGAAGGCAGGUCUUGAGAAAGAGAUAGAAAUGUUCAAGGGAACACGCACAGCGGAAACUCUAACAGCAAUUGACUCCCUGAGGGACGCUGUGAUCAAAGCACGGUCGCCGCUAUUCGAGACGUUGAUCCACGGAGACUUGUGGACAGGCAACGUCAUGUUCUCUGGCGACAACACGAGCGCCGUCAUCCUUGAUUGGCAGUUUGCUUCCGUCGACAAUCCUGUCUGUGAUAUUCUCUCCCUGUUGCUGAUGAGUGGCGAACCUGUGGUGUAUGAGCAACACCUGAAGGACGUCCUCGAGAGCUACUGGCAGAGUCUGACUGAAGCCUUGAGAAAGAAUGAAGUUUCAGUUAGUAACACAUUUGAAGAGUUUGUGAACUGCUUUGAGCAAAUGUGGAUGUACGGUUUUAUGUUCUUUACAUGUAGCUUGAGCGAUAUGCUGGAAAACAAUAUGAUAACAGUGCAAAGGACGAAGCAUGUUAUAAAAUUUUUAGAGGAGAAAAACGUAUUUUCCAAGUUCCUGCAGCUUCAUGGUAAAGGAAUUGCAUAAUUAAAUUUUCAGGUGGGUCACAGAAUGUCUAAAAUGGCCUCCUGUCACUGUCAUUAGCAUCGGUCUCCUUUAAUGUGAUAAGUUAUGUUAUUUAAUGUGAUAAGUUGUGUUAAACAGUGCAUGUUAAUAAACAAUACAAAGGGUGCACUCUAAAAAAUCCAAAAGUGAUAUAUUAUACGAAGGGCUAUGGACAUGGUUCCUUGCACUUCCUGUACAGAAAACUGUCAGGGUAAAUUUUUGUUUCCAUGUAGUCUAAGUUUUGUAAUACCCUUUUCACCCAUUUCCCGAAGACAUAUACGUGUGCACGCCCAAGGCCUAUAUAAGCAUAGACCUUGCAUGCACGCGCCCAUAUGUAUGUA